GGCCUCGUCUUGCAGUAUUGGGCAUCUAGCUAGACGAGAGAGAAAGAGAGAGAUCUAGUUGUACGGUUGGAAGUCGGAAUUGCAACAACAUUUCUUUGCAACCAAACUCUUUUCCCCUUUUUUUCGCUUUUUUUUUUAAAGUUUAUGGUCCUAGGUUCUUUAUGUUGUAUCAUGGGACAACAUAGUCUCCACAUUGGAACUUCUUCACUCUACAACAGUUUAGAGAGAGAGAGAGAAAGAGAGGCCUUUUUGAUUCUUGAUUAGACUGUGGUCAUCAGAAUUAGCGAAUUCCUCGGGUUUGGAUCCUCUGCGGUGGCCGAAAUCAAUAACAGAAAUGUGGGAUCUCAACGAUUCACCGGAUCAGAGGCGCGGCGGCGAAGAAUCGGAAGGCUGCUCCGAGGAAAAGGGGAAGCGCGUGGGAUCGGCUUCGAAUUCGAGCUCAUCGGCGGUGGUGGUGGAGGAGGAGGAGGAAGGCGUGGGGCCGUGCUCCCCCCUCGUCACGCGGCAGUUCUUUCCGGUGGGGGAUGGUGGGCCCCACGGCUUCCCCCGGGCUCACUGGGCCGGGGUCAAAUUUUGCCAGUCGACCGAGCCGCAAGUAAGCAACGGAGCGGUGAUGGGGAAAUCGGCGGCGCAGCCAAUGAAGAAGAGCCGGCGAGGGCCGAGGUCGCGGAGCUCGCAAUACCGCGGCGUCACGUUCUACCGGAGAACCGGCCGCUGGGAAUCGCACAUAUGGGAUUGCGGGAAGCAAGUCUAUUUAGGUGGAUUCGACACAGCCCAUGCCGCGGCCCGUGCAUAUGAUAGAGCAGCCAUUAAAUUCCGAGGAGUCGAAGCAGACAUCAACUUCACCUUAGAGGACUACGAACCCGACUUAAAACAGAUGAGCAAUCUAACAAAGGAGGAAUUUGUGCACGUACUUCGCCGCCAAAGCACUGGCUUCCCAAGAGGGAGUUCAAAAUAUAGAGGUGUCACUUUGCACAAAUGUGGUAGAUGGGAAGCUAGGAUGGGCCAAUUUCUUGGCAAAAAGUACGUUUAUUUGGGUCUUUUCGAUACCGAAGUCGAAGCUGCAAGGGCUUAUGAUAAAGCCUCCAUAAAAUGCAACGGCAAAGAAGCUGUUACCAAUUUCGAUCCCACCAUUUAUGAUGAUGAACUCAAAUCAGCAGAUCACAAUCUCGACUUGAGCUUAGGGAAUUCUGCUUCGCCACAAGCCAACGCGAUCAGCAACGAGGCCCCUCGAUACCAAAUGUUCAAUAGGCCAUAUGGAUACCUCGAAGGAGGAGGACGAGCGGUUGGUGUAUCGAGAAAUGCACAACAAUGGCAAAUGAAUGAAGCUCGAAUGUUUGCUAAUGCCGCAGCAUCAUCAGGAUUCCCAUCAGCUCAUCAAAAUUGGAUUCAUAAAAAUGGGAUCCACCCUCUCAUCAGGCCAUCUUAGUUUUCUUCUAUUUCAGAGAAUAUCACCAUUUGUACCCUAUUUCCCCACUGGUAACUUUAUUUUAACAAAUUAAAUAAAAUUUCUAGAGUUAGAUUUGACAA